AUGGAAACGAAAAACGAGUGCCGAGAGUAUGAAGAUUUGUUACCGGUGAUGGCGGAUAAGCUGGAUUCAGAGACCUUCGUGGCCGAGCUCUGUGGCGGGUUCAGGCUUCUGGAGGAUCCGGCUAAAGGGCUGAUCACGCCUAAGAGUCUGCACAAGAAUUGCUCGGUUUUGGGGCUGGAAGGGAUGAGUGAAGAAGAUGCAGAGGCCAUGGUUCGCGAAGGGGACCUCGAUGGAGAUGGAGCCCUCAACCAAACAGAGUUUUGCAUUCUGAUGGUUAGGCUCAGUCCAGAGAUGAUGGAAGAUGCCGAGAUUUGGCUCGACAAGGCCAUUCGAGAAGAAUUUGUGUAG